CAGCUGUCAUGUCAACCACAUAAAAAAUAUUCAGUGUUUUGUUUUGUUUAUUUUUUGUUUAGUUGUAAAAACUUUAGAGUAGAGCUUAAUAAUUUCAUGAUUGAAGCGCUGAAGGAUGAAACUGAAGUUGAAUACUGCGCGCGCAUCCUUGGGUCUAUAAUUUGUCGGUAAAACAGUGGACUGUAUUGAAAAUACGUCGAUUAUCCUGCGGUCCGAUCAGGAGAACGAGAUGAUUUUUAACCGAUAGUUUAAACAGUGGAAAUACGUACAAUAUUGCCAGAAAAUCUUGCUCGUAAAUUUCAGUUCGUUAAUGUUAACAAUUCUUAAGAAAAAUCAUCUGAAAGCAACUUAAGUAAAGGCCAAAUAAGAGCCUCACAAAAUGGAUGCAGAACCCAAAAGAAAACAAGUGAGCUAUGAUCAACUGACUGCUCUGUUAGAUUUUCUCAAGGAACAUGAAGACUUGGCUAGGGGCCUGACCCGAGGCCGCAGACGGCGGGGAAAGUUCCACACUGUAAAGGUCUGGAACAUGUGUGCUAAGAAACUGAAUGCCAUCAAAAAUGGUGCCUUAAAGGAUGGGAAGGGCUGGUCCAAGUAUUGGUGUGACUGGAAGUACAGAGUGAGGCGUCGGGCAUUGGAGUUAAAAGCUGCCAAGGAUGGAGACCGGCCACUGCCAGAAGGGAUCCUACCAUUGUCACCGAUGGAAGAGAAUAUAAUGGCUCUUAUAGGAGACAACAUUUUUGAUGGUGUGGUCAUUAUGAAUGAUCCAUUGUCUGAAGAGGGUUUUGAUGAACACUAUGCAGUGAAUGCAGAUGGCAGUCCUAUUGAUCAGUAUUAUGACCCAACAGAACCAUCGGCCAGGCGCAAGAGGCAGAAGACAUCCAAUGACAAUGGCGCUGGACCAAGCAGUCCACCUGAUAGGAAACCAACCAUUGAUCUAGCUACCAGUGGAGAUAUGAAAGGCUUAGCUACCGGUACUCGAUCAAAGCGACGAAGAAAGCACCGCUCACCCGUCACGUCGGACAUGGAUUAUGACGCAUCAGGUAGCAACUCUAGUUGCAAACCGGAAGGUGGAACGAGAAAUGAACAGUGUGUUGAGUCAGAAUGUGACGACAAGGCCUCAGCGUUCCUGUCCAUUGAACGGGAGAAGGUCUUCGGUACAAACAAGAUCAUAACCACACUGGAGAUGAUACAUACUGAGAUUGCGCGACUGACGUCUGUCAUGGCGGACAUUAAAGACUGUUUAGUUACCAAUUACCGGCAGAUAAGUGUCACUUGAACUAAUUAUUGUUGUAGGUAAUACAUGUAGCUUGUUCUCAAUGUUCAAUGUAAACUUAAUAAUGAUUCUUUGUGGUAGGGGAGCCCUUCAGCAACUUGCUUGAUUUACAUGACAUAGCUGAUUAACACUGAGGUAGGUGGAGUGUGGGAGAGUCAUGCUUCCGGAGUGAUACUACGGCCUCACAGAUAAACGACGUGAAACAACGCUUGUGUUGUG